ACAACCAACGAACUAGUGUUAAAUUUAUUGCGAAACAAAAAGACAAAAGAAAAUGCACAAAUGACGCUGCAACGCGUUAAAACGAAAGUCAACAAACAAACAAAAUACUGCCCGCCCCACUGCGCCACGCCCACAGGAAACAAAUGGACGCACAUAUGCUUAAUACUCCCCAUAUUGUUGCUGCUGUUGUCCUGCCAACUGGGUCGAGCACAACAGCAACAACAACAACAGCAACAGCAAUUCGAACAACAACAACAACAAGUGCUUAGUCAACCCUCGCAAGUGGAGCUUGAAUCCAUUGAACUGCUGCAGGAUAAUAACGACCCAGACAACGACAUCGAGUUCGCCAGUCUAGAUGGCGCCACACAGCUGCUGCCAGCAACGCCUCAUCGCGUUGACGCCACAGCGGCGCCACCAGCGACGCCAACGCUGCUGCUGACAUCAUCGUCGUCAUCCAGUUCCGGUGCCAGCUCAUACACCGAGCUCCAAGGCGGCGAAAUACUCGGAGAGCGCACUCUGCGCUUCAGCGAGAGUCCGUACCUGGCACGCGAUGACCUGGAGGUGGUGCGGGGUGCACGCCUGACCAUCGAGCCUGGGGUGACCAUUGAAUUCGCCCCCACCAAAGGACUCAAAGUGCGCGGCGUGCUGCGCGCAGUGGGCACCGAAACUGCGCGCAUUGUGCUGCGUUCUCAAAGUAAUACAGCAAAUCAUAAGCUGCAGCUGCCUACAGAUCAGGAGAAGGGCAUACGCUUGGUGGAUGGACCAACGCCAGUGGAGGGCAGACUGCAGCUUUAUCAUAAAGGCGCCUGGCGCUCAGUUUGCUCCAAUUCCAGAAACUGGACUAUAGCGGAUUAUGGCGUCGCCUGCAGACAGUUGGGCUAUAGAGGUGGACGCUUUUGGAAUUGGGUAGAGCGCACGCCUGGACAUUAUGCCCGAUUGCUGUAUGAGCAGCCCAAGUGUCGUGGCAGCGAGCCAAGUUUGCUGCAGUGCGGCUGGAGCAGUCGGCAAAUGGGCGCAGGCUCAUGUGAUUAUCAUAACGAUCUGGGCGUGCAAUGUUUGCCAGUGCAUGCGGAGCCACUGGCGCAUUGGCGUGGCAUUUACUUUGACAAUGCGCCGUCUACCAAAUAUUUGGGUAGAGAUAAUACAGUUUAUGCUGCUGUAUCCGAAUCGCUGCUCAAAUAUGUGGAUAUAUUGCGCGCAGGCAAUGGCGCUGGCUUUGCAGCCAAAUCAGCGCUGGAGGUGCAGGGAUUGCCGCCACAGCUGGAGCAUGUGCACAUAAGCGAGUCAGCAUAUACAGGCUUCAAUAGCACGCGUCCUUGGGCAGGAUUUCAGCUGCAGAAUGUAAGCGUAAGCAGGUGCAAUGGCAUUGGCGUCUUCGUUAACAGCAGUCAGGGCUUGGUGCAGCUGGAGGAUUGCAACAUAAGCGAGAAUGCAGCAGAUGGUGUUAAAUAUGUGGGUCAUGAUUUGAGAGCCACUGAGCGCACUGAUCGCGCUUCCAUUUACGACUUUUGCACGCUGCCCACAACUAGCGGACAAACUUAUCCCAUAACCUUGAGUUUUACGCAAAAGUAUUACGCCGGCACUAGCAAGGAGUGCGCCAAGUAUUUCUUUACGCGUCCUGGUUAUUUGCUGACGCUGCACUUUGAGGAGUUUGUGCUGCAGCAGAACGAAACGGCUACGGUGGAGAUUUACGAUGGCGCCAGCAGCAAUGAGCGACUGCUGUUCGCUUGGCAGGCGCGUAACUACACCAGACCACAAAGUGUGACCAGCACGCGUGAGAAAAUGUUUGUGCGCAUCAAAGCGGAGGCGCGCAAGGAGCUGAGUGGCUACUUUAGAGUAACCUCAGGCAAUGCGGUGGCCUAUGAUUUGCAGCUGAAACAGUCGAGCGUAACGCGCAAUGGCGGACGUGGGGUAGCAAUCGAACGCAUACGCUCGCGGUUGCAUGUGCAGGGCUCGGAGGUGCUGCACAAUGGACAUGUGGCUGGCGUGCAUGUAGCCAGCGGCGCUGGCGAUGUCAACAUAACCAGCAGUCGCAUUAGCUACAAUCAAGGCGCUGGCAUUAAUAUAACUUACUAUGGCGGCAAUCGCAAUAUUUCUCGCUCGCUGCUGCAGGCAAACAAAGGUUAUGGCCUGGCUAUAUGGCUGAAUCAAACCAGCGACAAGGAGCGCAUGGAGUAUUUGCCUUUUAAUCAAACCAGCGUGCUGGAGUACACACAACUGGAUGGCAAUCUGGAGCAGGCAUUGCUGCAUGGCAACUACUGCGCGCCCAUUUGGGUAAACAUCACUGGCAACACUUUUAACGACUCUCAGCUCAACGAUGUGUACAUCGAGUCCUGCUAUGAGCGCACUGCGAAUGGUGCCGCCAAUCUGCAGCUGCAGCUGGGACACAAUCUGUUCAAGCAUAGUCAAGCUAAUGCUAUUUAUCUUAGUCCCGCUUUGAAUAUGCACGCCAAGAUCGAGUACAAUAUGUUUCGCUAUGGCAGCUAUGGCUGCAUCUAUGUCAACAAUGAUUAUAUACAGCAGGAGUUUAACUAUUUGCCGGUUAAGCUUUUGAUACAGAGCAACUACUUUAUGCGCAACAGCGGCGUGCAUGUUGUCUCGCUUGCACUUUCGCCCUACAGUCGCGCUGAAGUACAGUAUAUACUCUUUACACGCAACUUUGUGCGCGGCAACAACAUCACUGAGGCCUUUGGCCCGCUUGUUGCCGGCAGUGAAGGCAGCGAAGGCGCUGGACGUCUAAAUCCGCGCUCUAGAGUCGCCGCACCCGUUGUCGUUGGCUCCAGCAAUGUGGACAUCUAUCGCAACAUACUGCACAAUCUGGAUUCGAAUUAUGAAAUUGGCUCACAGCUUACAGAUCAAAGUCAGUUCAUUAAUGCCACCUACAAUUGGUUGGGACACACGGAUGAGAAGCGCAUCUAUGCGCGUUUGUUUCAUCGCAAUGAUCGCUACAAUCUCGCCAAGAUUAACUAUAUACCUUAUUUGCUGCAUAGUAGCAAUCCUGGCUCCACAGCCAUCAUAGCAGUGUCCACUGUAGUGCCGCGUUUCUUUCACGAGGACAGCGAUAUCAUUGGCGGCGAAGUCGAUGGCCAGGACAUGGUGCCCGCUGGCACUUAUACAGUUACCAAGGACAUUAAUAUACGUCCUGGUGGCAAGCUUAUACUACAACCUGGCACCAUAUUGCGCUUCGAGCCCAGCGUGGGCAUGAUGGUUGCCGGCAAACUGGAGGCGCGUGGUCGUCGUCCGGAUGACAUACUCUUUACACUCAAGCGUGAAACUGUUAUGAACGAAACGGAAACCAUUGAUUUGGAUAGCGAAACGGAGGCAGUGGAUAUGCUCACCGAGGCGGUGCCUACGCAGCCACGCCUACCUGUGCGUUUGGUAGGCGGCGCCGCAGCCAACGAGGGCAGACUGCAAGUUUAUUUGCAAGGCCGUUGGGGCACUGUUUGCGACUACGGCUGGAACAUACGCAAUGCCGCCUUGGUGUGCCAUCAACUGGGCUACUCGCUGAAUCCACAAGACUGGCGCCUGCUGCGCUCUCAGCUGCCACAAGCCGGCACCAGCGAGGAUAUUUUGCUUGCCAAUGUGCGCUGCACGCCACACGAUCGCGACUUGACCAAAUGCAAGGCAGAGCAGCAGCAUGAGCUGGAGGCCAGCUGCACGCAUGCGCAUGAUGUGGGUUUGCGCUGCUAUGAGGGCGCCUGGGCAGGCGUGCGCUUCAGCAUGUUGGCGGAGCGCGCGGAUCUGCAGUAUUUGACUGUGGAAAAGGCGGGACUCUUCGACUACACCACCAAUAGUUUUACAGCUGCGCUGCAAAUGGAUCAUGCGCGUCAUAACCUGGAGAAUGUGCGUGUGGUUAACAAUCUGCAGGAUGGACUGGGCGUUAUCUAUGCUGAUAUCUAUGCCGGCAAGUCGGUAAACAAUAUCAAAAACUCAGAGUUCGCUGGCAAUCGUGGCAGCGGCAUUAGCCUUAAGCAGCUGGACAUGCGCAUCUCUGGCUCGCUUAUACGUGAUAAUCGUGGCAGCGGCAUUUCCCAUGAUCCGGUUAUAGCUGCGCUGGCGCAGAAGGAGCUGGGCGGCUGGUUUAACGUCGCCUCGGACUUUAAUGCCUAUGAUAGCGACUAUGAGCCUUAUCGCUUGCCACACGAGCUGGGCGACAUUAAUCUGCAAAACUUUGAGCACAAGUAUCUGCGCACAGAGGAGCUGCUGGGCUCAUCUAUACAGCGCAAGAUUAUGGUCAAUUGUCCUGCCGGCUAUGUCAUUGGCAUUCAACUGCUCAAUCCCAUACAUAAUCUGUCCACGGAGAGCAUCAGCAUACUCAACGCUCGCACUGAGAACAUACGCAGCGACUUGUGGCAGGUGCAACGCGAUCUCAAUGUAUUCCCUGUAACCAGCAGCAGUUAUGGUAUUAUUAUCUACUAUGACAGUGGACCACAUGCCUUGGGCGGCGCUGUACUCAUGCUCACCACUGUGCCUGCUCCAGCGCAGAAUAUACGCAAUCGUAUUGUCAGUGGUCCAGUGCCCACACUCACCAUACGCUCCACCAAGAUACAAAAGAAUCUACGCGGCAUCUCCGCCUAUUAUUACAAUCGUUAUAUUGGCGAUAAUGGCGAGUACUAUUUGCGCAAGGCAAACGAAUCCUUGAAGCUUAUCAACUCCGAGCUUAGCUUUAACGAGCGCGAGGCUAUACUGGUCAAGUCCCCUUUCUGGGAUGUCAUCUCUAGCAAUCUUUCGGAGGUCACCAUACACAUCAACAACUCGUUGAUAAGUCAAAACGGCUACGGCAUUCGGCAGCUGUCCAAGGAUCUGCGCUCAUCCAAUAAUCUCUUCCAUUAUGUGCUGCAGGAUAGCACUGUGGAGCAAAAUAGCCAUGGCGGCUUUCAGGUGGCGCUGCCUUACGUUUGGCAAUACAAUGAGAACUUUACGCACUCGAUUUACUUCGGCAACAGCACUUGGCAGCGCAAUAAGAACUUCCACAUUGGCGUCUUUGGCCAUUAUGCAGUGUUCAACAUUACUUCGAAUGUAUUCCGGGAGAACAACUGUCCGCAUGCGCUGAUCUCGCUGGAUGGCAUGGAGAAGCGUCUGCGCUUCGAUAACAAUCGCUUUGAAGCCAACAAUGCCAAGUUUGUGCUGCUCUUCCAGGCAGACAGUCUGAGUGAGAUUAUAGGCCAAGUGCCUGCCAGCAUAGAGUACAACAGCUUCAAGGGCAACAAUAUAAUCAACAUGGUGGCGGACUAUAGGCACUAUAUGCGUGCAGCAAGACGCAUACGCAGACAACAUCAGCUGCCCAGUGCUGUAAUACGCUUGGAUGGCGUGCAAAACGUGCGGCUGUAUCGCAAUCUGAUUGCCAACAAUGAAAUGGAGUACAAUCUGGUAGCAGGUGUGCGCUCAGCGCGCUUGAACAAUUACUUCCAGGCCAUGGAGAACUGGUGGGGCUCAUUAGAUAUUGGCUACAUUGAGUCCAAGAUCUUUGACUUUGAUAACUGGAACGAUCAUGCAGAUGUUAUCUAUCAACCUUUCCUUAUUGAGGAUAGCUAUGAUGCUAGUGUUUCGAUUGUGGCUACGCCUAGCGAGCAAUUGGAUUUGUUUACCUAUCGCGGUGGUCGCAUCUACAAGGACCUAACGCUGCGUAAGCAACAGCAGCCCUAUUAUAUAUCUGCCGACAUUACAGUUAUGCCGGAUACUACCUUGACAAUAAAUCAUGGUGUUACCAUGGAGUUUGAGCCAAAUGUGGGCAUAUUGGUGCUGGGCACGCUUAUCGCCGUGGGCUACAAGGAAUCGCCGAUUGUUAUGAGACCCUACAGAAAUGCUUCCAGGGAAGCCUUGACAAUGGCGCCACCGCGCAGACGACGCUCCUUGGAGGACAUGAGCGCUGCUUUGACAGACUUUGAUGCCAUCAGGCUAUGCACAAGUGCCAGCAAUUGCACUGGGGACAACGAACGUCCAACUGAUGGCUUGAGUGAGGGCUUUUUGGAAUACUUCAAUCACACGACACUGCAGUGGGUGCCCAUAUGCGAUGCUCGCUUUACCGAGCGCAAUGCACAAGUCGUUUGCCGUGAGCUGGGCUAUGAUCCGUUGAAUGUGUAUUAUGGCCACGACAGGCGCAUUGAGUUCCAUACGAAUUCGCUGACACGCAUUUGGUCCUGGGUGCAGCCGCUGGAGUGUCGUGGCGAUGAGGAGCGCAUGGAGGACUGUGCAGAGCGUUUGAAUGGCCAACUCUAUGGACAUCGCCAUGAAUGCAAAUGGGAUGAUGUAUUUGUGUUUGUCAGCUGCCUGGGACAGGCUGAGGAGGAGCCCUAUUGGGGUGGCAUACGCUUUGCCAAUUCCAAGUUUGAGGAGCUGCAAUAUGCACCCAGACUGCAUCAUGCGCGCAAUCAGCGUCAAAGUCAGCUGGAGUUCGUGCACAUACAACAGGCAGGCAUGUUGCAUAAUCACAAAUCAGCAGCCAUACAGGCUAUACACAAAUCACCCAGCAUUAGCUCAGUGCGCAUUGAACGCUCCGCACAUCAUGGCAUUAAUCUCAUUGCACCCAGUGGCAAGCUGGAUCUCAAUCAUUUGGACAUUAAUCAGACUCUAGGCACAGCUAUAAGCAUUGUAUCGCUUUCGGGCGAGGGGCGUGACAGCGAUGAGAGCAGCUUUGUGCCGCUCAAGCAGCUGGAUUUGCCCUACAAAUUGUUCUCCCUGGUGGACAUGUGUGAUCCACAGAAAGUGCUAACCAUAGAGGAACGCAUGCUUAUCUACUACAAGUACGACAAUAAUCCAGUCAACUGCGUCAAGAUCUUUACCUCGGCCUUUAGAGCCAAGCCCAUUGGCUUCAGACUGCUGCAAUCCAAUCUGUUCAAUCACUCCAAGCUCUAUGGACGCACCGACUUUAUUAAGCUCUACGAUGGUGAUAUAUACAAUUUAACUGCCAACUAUUUGGGCAAAAUUGAAUGGGAUACAAACAAUCAGCGCAGUUUCUUCAAGACCAAAGGACCCACAUUGAGUUUGCAGCUGGUGGCAAGUGGCGCACCCGAGACGCAUGGGUUUAUUGCUGAGGUGGUAACAGUGCCCAUUUCCACAUUGGGGCAGAAUCGCGAUGCGCUGCAUAAUAUAACCGAGACGCGUAUAUCGGGUGCAAUGAAAGGCGCCGUUAGUUACGCCUCAGCGGGUGAAGUUACGCCCACUCUGACGCUCAUAGGCAAUCGCAUAGAACGCAACUGUAAACAGCUCUAUGGUAAUUUCUCCACCUGCCCCUCUGCGCUUUACCUGGAUGUGCAAAAUAUGAACUCGCUUUACUUUAUGAACAAUCUAUUGAUGGAAAAUCAAGGCGGCUUGCGCAUACGCGCGGACUCCAGAGGCUCGGCUACUUCACUGCGUGGUUUCGUGCAUCACAAUCUCUUUAUGCGCAAUCGCAAUCGUCCCGCACUUUACGUUGAGGGUCGCCAGUCUUCGCCCUAUCAGGAGGUGGAGCUCUAUCGCAAUUACUUUGCGCAGAACAUGGCAGGCUAUGAGGAAGUUAUACGUCUUUGUCAAGUGGUGUCCAACUUUAGUCACAACUAUGUGCACAGCAAUGUGGGCGGACGCAUUAUGGAGGUGUCGGGCUUUGAAAAAGUGCGACUGCAAAUCUAUCAGACGACAGCGCAUAAUGGUUUCUAUAGAAAUGUUGCCACCAAUUGGAUGUCGCGUGCCACAAUUGUUGCCGGCACCGCUGGUCAGCAAUAUGUGGAUAAUAUAUUUGAGAACUAUGACAACGAUUACGAACUGCUUACAGUUAAUAAUUCCAUUAUGAGCUUUGACUAUGAAAACAGGACCUUUGAAACCUGGAGCUCUAAAAUCGACGCGCGUCAUAAUUACUGGAGCUAUAACAAUUCCAUAUCUGUGCAGUCACGUAUCAGAGAUAAAUCUGACGAUCCCAUGUUGCUGGAGGUGCUCGCUGUGCCCUUCCAAAUGAACAAUCAAUCUAUAUUGGAUGGCAAGUGUCCGCCAGGCUGGAAUCUAGUGCAUGAUACCUGCUUUAUCUAUGUGGGCGCGCCCAUGACUUUCUAUGAGGCGCGUGAUUUUUGUCGUUCCGAGAACUCGACUAUGCCUUUUAUACGCACCGAUAGCACAACUCUAUGGCGUUAUCUACAAAGUCAAAUGCGUCAUCUGAAGUAUCCUGAAAAGGUUUGGAUACAGGACUAUAAUCAUAUAGAGCGCUGCACAAGCUUUAUUAUAAAUGAGAUUGUAGUGGAGGAUUGCAAUAGACAGCGUGGCUUCAUUUGCGAAAUGGAUCCAAGAGUGAUUAUUGAUCCUUUAAGCUGGCGCGCUGACAUUUUUGCCAUUAGUAUUAUAUCAGCCUUUGUGCUGGCCAUCAUUCUGCUUAUCCUGGUGGCCUUUUGUUGGUUUGCCAAAUCCAAGCAUCGUCAUGUGCAGCGCUUGCAGCGACGCAAUAGCAUACGCCAGAGCCUGCGCAGCUUGAACAGCAUUGAUCCGCAAGGAUCGCUGCGUCGACGUCCCAAUUAUCCUAUGUCGAGCAAUGGCACGCUGUCCAAGAGCCAGGACUACAAGCAAAUGGUGGCCAAUGGCUCCAUAGACUCAAUGGACAAGAGCGUGCUCAGCUCUGAGGCGGGCAGCUAUGAGGGCUACGAGCAGAAGCCGCAUUACAACGAAUAUGUCAAUCAGAAUGCUUUGCGACCAGCGACGCAGGAGCCACACAAGGUGGCCACCAUAUCCAAAGGCACUGCGCAUCGAGCACGCGCUGCUGCCGCUGCCGCAGCGCUGGAACCAGAUGCCUUUGAACUAAGCUAUCGCAAUGAGGGCUUCCGUGAUAACUCCACCUAUGGCGGCGGCACGCGCGCCAAUUCUGUCAGCAACAGCGUAGCCGAGGAUACGCCGAUUAUACAUCAAACAGAUGCGGAGACUGAGGAGCUGGGCUCGGACUAUUACGGCAAUGCUAGCACGCUGCCACUGCGCACCGAAGCGGGUAGCAGUAGCGUGGGCGGUAGGCGUGGCCAGCCUGGUUUGGCUUUUCUCAGCGAGCUGAAGCAGAACUUGCCCGAGUAUCAGCGCAGCUCCACCAGCAGCUUUGUGCCGCAACGCAACAGCGGCGAUUCGCUGCCCUUUGAGCAGAAGAUCGAUCAAUUCAAUUACUCCAAUGAGUCAUCACUUUAUCGUCCGGCGCCUGCAGUGCCCGCUGUGCCAGCGGACAUGCGUCGUCCGGACUCAUAUUAUACGGCCGUGCGCAGCAGCAAGGCGCCCAGCUCGCACUAUCGCACGCCCAGACCGCUUGCUCAGCCGCCCGCGGCGCCUACAUCACGUCCAAAGACUGUUUAUCAAGGUGAGGGUGGCGCCUUGCCAACAACGCCACAGCCACAACACACAACUGCCCAUCCUAAUCCUUAUCAUCGCUCCAAGUCGGAGGCAUUGCUGGAAACGGACUUUGAUAGCGAGGCUGGCGCUACGGGACUCUUACCCCUGCAUGCCAAUGGACGCAGUCACAGCCAGCCUUUGGAGACGGCCAUGUAAUGGUCAACCUUACCAUGCUCUUUAUAUAAACUCAGUUUACGUAUACGUAGUUUUAAUUUUAACUUAAGUCGAGAGAUUAUGUUGCGAACGAGUACGAUUGACGAACGACCCCACACAUUGUUUUAUAUAGAGAACACUUAAAGCAUUCCAUCCAUUAGCUAAACAUAAGUAAAUGAGCGCAAAUUAUACGCAUUAGUAUUAAAUUGUUGUAUAUAUAAUGAUUAUGCCCAUAAACAAAU